AUGGAAUUUGGUCUGCAAUUCUCUAAGGCAUUAGAUGAACCGGAUAUUGAUGCAACCUUAUACAGAAGAAGGAUAAGAUGCUUAAGAUACUUGAUGCAUUCAAGGCCUGACUUGGCAUUCUCUAUAGGAAUUCUAAGUAAAUAUAUGCAUUCACCAAGAAAGUCUCACGGUGAAGCAUUGACGAAGGUUUUGAGAUAUCUAAGAGGCACUCAAGGUUACGGCUUGAUGUUCAAACGGGGAGAAUCACAGAAGCUCGUUGGUUUCAGUGAUAGUAGCCAUAACACUGAUCCGGAUGACGGUAGAAGCACAACUGGCCAUUUGUUCUGUCUCGGAGAUACACCAGUAUCUUGGUGCUCGCAGAAACAAGAUGUAGUAGCUUUGUCCUCAUGUGAAGCUGAAUACAUGGCGGCAACAGAGGCGGCUAAACAAGCUAUCUGGCUUCAGGAGUUAGUGAGUGAAAUCACAGGAAGAAAGAUCGAAAAGACACUGGUUCGUGUGGAUAACAAGUCUGCCAUAAUUUUGGCAAAGAAUCCAGUACUUCACCGGCGCAGUAAACACAUCCAUAAGCGUUUUCAUUUCAUUAGGGAAUGUGUAGAACGAGAGCUGAUCGACGUUGAGCAUGUACCCGGAACAAAACAGAAAGCGGACAUUCUAACUAAGGCACUGGCAAAUAUCAAGUUCAAAGAGAUGAGAGAUUUGAUUCAAGUUCAAGACUUAAGCAAAGGAGCUUUGAAGCUUACAAGGGAGAAUGUUGGAUAA